AUGACCGCUCACGUGAGCGCUGUGUUGGCGCUCGUCGCACUCGCGACCACACACGCUUUCGUAGACGAAGCGGUCGACGUGCUUCUUCUCAGUAAACACAUAGGCGAGGAAGUGUUAAACUCGUGGGAUAUUAUUGGCAAACCUUUUAAUGCUUCGCAAGGUGUAGAGCUACCGUUUAUUCAUAAAAGAGAAAGGCAACUAUUUUCACGUUUGGCAUACAUAACGCGAGCGAUUCAAAAGUUGGAGGUGGAUGUUGAGAAAAGCCGCGUGGUGGCGAUGCUGCUGGAGAAGAAUAUAGGACGUGGCCCCCGCUUGGAACUAAAACUGAACGAGAUGUCAGAUCUGCUGAGCCGCGUGGACUCGGCCGAUCGACAGAUGCGUGAAUACGUUCGAUUGCAACGCGAGUUAGAGCGACGCACUUUGGAGGAGUUCGCGAGCUGGUGUGUGGCACACGACCGUGGGGCCUUACCCGGCCUGCUAGAGCGGGUGCAUGCAUUGGUCGUACCACCACAUGCCCACCUACUCGGCCAUAGUUUGCUUGACCUCAUUGUGAGCGACUUACAGGUCUGUACCGUUUGUGAAAUCGUGCCUGGCCUAAACACAUUCGUAUAUUAUAUUCUAUAUAUGAAGGUAACCUCUUUGGAGGCCACCGGACCGUUACAGUUCAUUCAAGUUAAAUUGAUGACGUCAUACGUAAGGCCAUUUUAA